UGUUGUUUUUCGGGUUUUUUGUGGGUUUUUUUUUUUGUUUUUUUUUUUUUUUUGUGCUGGUACUGCUUCCUCGGCUGCGUUUAGUUUCCAGAGUAUUGAUUGUUCAUCCAGGUAUCCCAGGAUAGCAUUGUCACUGGAGCUUCCCUGAGGACAAGGCAGAGCUGGGUGUCAAUGAGCACCACCAGAACGAAGUGGUCAGCUACAUGCGCUUCGCUCGUUUCAAGCGUGGCAUGUGUCUCAAAACAGUGGAUUCUUGUUUCCAGGACCUCAAGGACAGCAGACUUGUUGAAGAGACCUUCACAGUUGACGAGGUGACAGACAUGCUGGAUGGACUGCAGAGUGUUGUACACAGCGAAGUGGAGUCAGAGCUCAUAAACACAACUUACACCAACGUUUUACUUCUGCGGCAGCUCUUCUCACAGGCUGAGAAAUGGUACCUGAAGUUACAGACAGACGUCUCUGACUUGGAGAAUCGAGAAUUAUUGGACCAGGUUGCUGAGUUUGAAAAGUCAGAAUAUACCUCUUCAAACAAAAAGUCCACUGCAGAACCCAUUAAACCAAAACUUGCUCCAUUAAAUGAAGGUGGAUCAGAGCUGCUAAACAAGACAGUUGCUCAUCUCCAAGAAGAAAAUGAAAAGUUGAAGACCAGACUCAGGACCAUAGAAACACAGGCUACUGCUGCCCUAGAUGAGAAGUCCAAGCUGGAGAAGUCACUGAGGGAUUUACAGAUGAUCCAAGGAGAUCAGAAGAAUAAUGCAAACCAGGAUAUCACUGAACUGGAGAAUAAAGUGGCAGCUUUGCAAUCUCAGUUUGAGCAGACUUUGAAUGACACUACUGCAAACCAAAAAUUCUUGGAAGAAAACUUGGUGACAACAAAACAUGACUUACUGAAGGUUCAGGAUCAGCUAUCCACAGCUGAAAAGGAACUGGAGAAGAAAUUUCAGCAAACAGCUGCUUAUCGCAACAUGAAAGAGAUUCUCACCAAGAAGAAUGAACAGAUAAAGGAUCUGCGUAGAAGACUUUCCAAAUAUGAGUCAGAGGACUGAAAUACCAUAAAGCAUCUGAUCUAUCAGAAGUUGUCAUGGAAAGAAAAUGUAGGCUGGUAUUAUUUUUCAAUGAUUUUUGUUUUGAAUGUGUACUCUUUGGUUCUAGUGUUUAAAAUAACUCUUUAUUAAUUUCACACUGAAACCCUUACCUUACUUCCUUGUAAACCUACAAUUUAUAGGUAUUCGUUUCUGCAGUAAUGUUUUUAAUGGUUAACCAUUGACAUUCCUUGAGAAAUAGCAAACAGGACCUUGUUGAAGAACUGAGAACAUUCCCUAAAAAAAACCCAAAAAAAACCACAAACAAACAAAAAAAACCCACCCCAACAUUUAUUUUUGUUAAAAAAAGGGGGGAAAAUGACCAAAAAUAUAUACAUUAGAGUUUUCGAUGUCUUCAAGGUGUAAACUCCAGUUGUUACUUUUGUGUAGUUAAUGUAGUUAUGAAGUAGCAUUAUUUGUAAAAAUUCCAUCAGUGAAAGGCUAGGAGGAACAAAAAAGAAAUGCUGAUUCUGUAAUGUUACUUCACACUGGACAUGUCAUAGCUCAGCAAGGUGUAGUCAGUAGCAUUUUUCUAGAAGGUAUUCAUUAGAUAAUGAGAUAAAUAUGCUUUACAGCCAGAGUGAUAGACGCUUUCAAAUAAAGUUGUGCUUUUUCACUUUAAUUGGUUUAAAGUAAAUUUGAACAUCAGAAAACAGAUUCUGUUUUUGCCAGUAUUCUAAAUAUUGAGAUGAUAAUCUAAAUACGCAUAGGAAAGCUGGUGGAGCAACAUUUUUGGGAGAAAAGUUAUUUUAGAUGUUUUCAUUUCCUUUCUUAAUGUAACCUCACCAGAAAACAGCUUACUUCUCUUGAGUCUUCUACUUGUAAUUCUCUACCUUGCAUUUGUUUGUCAGUCGCCUAAUAGUGCAUUCUGCUUGUUCAUCUGUCCCUGUUCAUAUGUAUCUUGUAUUUUACUUCAAAUAAAAUAUUAUCUUUUCAAACAUUUAA